UUCUAAUACGGACGAAAACAGCUGUUUUAAAAGUGGAUUCUAGAGCAAAAUAAGUUUCAGUGUUAUUCAAUGAUGUUGAGAAAUGAUAAUGAUAACUACUUGUGUUAACGUGUCAGAUCCUUCCAAUACGACUUCUAGAAAAUAAUUGGAUACUUUUAAUUUUUAUUGGAGAGGAGUUGGUAGCGGAUAAAAUCCUAUUGUCUGCGCGCUGCACACUAUUUACUAUGGCGAAAAAGUCGACUACGAUCAAUCUAUGGACUAUUUUACUUACUACCAGUGUUGGCAUAAUUUGGGGGAAUCUGGCCAGUGCUGAGCAUCAUGGGAGUCCCUAUGUUUACCGUGUCUCUGGAGGACUUGGCCGUGGCAGUGUCUCUCCCCGCAUGCCAGGACGUCAGGGUCGGUCCCCCCAGCCCACCGUACCCCCCGAGACCCUCAUCAUACCAGCCCAUGCCCCGAGGGUCCAGCUCAGCCAAAACGACAUCAGGAAGCUGAGGUUCAAGCCCACGGUGGGGUCAGUGCACCUAUCCGAGGGCCACGAGGCCAAGUUCAACUGCUCCAUCGACGUCCCUGACGCCAACCUGGACCUCACCGUGCUGUGGAGGAAGAACAACAUGGAGCUGGCUGAAAACCUGCAGGUGGUCAUCAAUGAACUACAGACCGUCACACACGGGAUCAUGACCCUACUGUCCACCGUCAGCAUAACUCGUGUGCAGAGAGCUGACGCUGGGGACUACCGCUGUAGACUGAGAGUCUUUGACAAAGUGAUAGAGUCCCAGCCUAUCAGCAUCCAGGUCGAAGGUCUACCAACGUUCACCAGACAACCAGAUGACAGGAACGUAACUCGUAACAGCCCCUUUAACCUGUCGUGUGAAGCGGUGGGUCCCCCGAAUCCUAUCAUGAUCCACUGGCUACGCAAUGGAGUGUCUGAGAUGGGGUACGUUACGCCCUCCCCCAGCAACUACACUGUAGCAGGUGUGGACAAGUAUACCCAAUUCAGCUGUGAGGCCCACAACCAGAAAGGUGUCACUACUUCCAGGGAAGCAAACGUCAACAUUAAAGUGCUUCCAGCUCCUGUCUCUGAGGUCACAGUGAUACAACGUGAAUCUAACAAACUUGUUCUGAGAUGGACCCCUGGACACGAUGGAUUCUCCCCACUCACUACCUGCCAGAUCAGGGUGAAAGAGGUGAGCCGAAGGAGGGGAGAGGUCAGGCUGGCUAGGAUAAUCAACGCUACAGCUCCUCCGUUCCAGAGUGAUGUCCCGGGGUUACAGGCCAUGACCUGGUACAACAUGAGCGUUUCCUGUAGCAAUGAGCUUGGCCAAUCACCAGUCAGUACCUGGGUCCAGAGCAACACUACAGAAGGAGUACCGUCAGUCUACCCCCGUAACCUGACUGUUAUGCUAAACGAGUCAAUGCUGGUGAUCCGAUGGAAGGACCCGCCCCCGGAUAGGGUCAAUGGAAUCCUCACGGGUUAUGAUGUCAUCGUCACAUAUGGGACGCGGGUCAACAAGAUCCGCAGCUCCUCCAACACUGCUGCGGUGGCCCUACAGGAGUUCAACACUACAUACAGUGUUCAGGUAGCUGCUUGUACUCAGGCUGGGCGUGGCAUGCUCAGUCCAGCGGUCGGGAUCUUCGUACCAGAGAACAAUUGGCCGCUGGCUCCCUCCUCCAGUCCAGACACUAGAGGAUCAGACUCUGUGUACAUCAUACUGGGGGUGGUGUGUGGCUUCUGUCUCCUGCUGCUAGUACUCUGGGCUGCUAUCUGCAUGAGAGGCAGGAUACUAGACACACACUUUGGUCAGAUGUUUGGAAGUGGAGAGAAGCUUCAACCCAUUGUUCAGUACAGGCCACACAGGUCCUACAACCGAUCAGCCAUUGAAAUUACACUUGGUAACCUGGGUGUGAGUGAUGAACUCCAAGCCAAACUACAGGACUUCAUGAUUAUGAGAAACCUGCUUUCCAUCGGGAAGAUUCUGGGAGAGGGUGAAUUUGGCUCUGUGGUGGAGGGAAAUCUGAAACAACUGGAUGGAACGUCUGAGAAAGUGGCUGUGAAGACCAUGAAAUUGGAUAACUUCUCCCAGAGGGAGAUAGAGGAGUUCCUGAAUGAGGCUGCCUGUAUGAAGGACUUCGACCACCCUAACGUCAUCCGGCUGCUAGGUGUUUGUCUGGAGGCGGGGUCUGGUCACUUUCCCAAGCCCAUGGUGAUCCUGCCCUUCAUGAGAUAUGGAGACCUCCAUAGCUUCCUGCUGCGCUCACGCCUCGGAGACUGUCCACUGUUCCUGCCCACGCAGACGCUCCUGAAGUUUAUGAUUGACAUCGCCAUGGGGAUGGAAUACCUCAGUGGGCGGAACUUCCUCCACCGCGACUUGGCUGCACGCAACUGCAUGCUGCGUGAUGACAUGACGGUGUGUGUGGCAGACUUCGGCUUGUCUAAGAAGAUCUACAGUGGUGAUUACUACAGACAGGGCAGGAUAGCCAAGAUGCCUGUGAAAUGGAUUGCAGUGGAAAGCCUGGCGGACAGAGUCUUCACUGUAAAGAGUGAUGUGUGGGCAUUUGGUGUGACCAUGUGGGAGAUAGCGACACGGGGCAUGACGCCGUACCCUGGCAUCCAGAACCAUGAGAUUUAUGACUACCUACUUUUGGGCCACAGGCUGAAGCAGCCAAAAGACUGCCUAGAUGAACUGUACGAGAUCAUGUACAGCUGUUGGCGUGCUGACCCCCUGGACCGCCCCGUCUUCACUCAGGUAGGAGAACAGUUGGAGAAGCUGACAGAGAAACUUCCGGAGGCUUCUACCAGCAAAGAGGACAUCAUCUACAUCAACACCAGUUUCCCUGAGGAGGAUCAGGCCUGUGCUUGUGCAGACCCCGACCUGGAUUUGCCGCUUUAUAGCUCCUCCCCUUCCUGCAGUCAUAGCAACCAAUUCAGCCCCUCCCCUUCCUGUAGUCAUCUGUUCAGCUCUUCUCCGUCCUGCAGUAACAGUCGCCAGAGACGAGACAACCGAGAUCUGUUGACAGCAGUCAUCCACGAGAGUAUGGAGGAAAAGGAGGAGGAAGAUGAUCGUUACGUUAUUGUCAUCUCUAAUGCCAAUAGGAGCGGGGACCCCGCUGUCACCAUGACAGCAGCAGCGGCAACAGCAGCAGCUGUGGACAGUGACACUCCCCUGUUGGCUAGGGAGGGCUUGGGUGGAGUUGUGGGGGGAGCUACUCGUGACUCAGUGGGUGAUGUCACUGGGAUGGAACAGCACACGAGUGACACAACGCUGUUGCUCUGAUGGGCAUGGAACAUUGGGACUAGAAAUCCAGUAAUUUGAAAUCAGACAAAGAAAAGAAAAGCUCUCUCCCAGGGGUCAUGUCUGAUGAUAAUACACAUCCUUCUUGUCUGCACUCUGGACUGUUGAGGACAUAAUAUAGGUAUUGUAAUGACCCUGCCAUUGAUAAGCACGAUGACCACUCACCCAAGGGAGCUAGCUUUCUUGGAGCAGCGGUAACAUUUCUGGAUCUGGACCCUAUGAUACUGGGUGCAAAUCACGCCUCGCAAUCUCGUGCUACUCCCUCAUUUUGUUACAGUUUGAACGUAUGUUACCGUGUGGAUCAUGAGCACAUAGGCCUUCUGCUUAGUGCAGCAUGUGUAGUCUCACGUUGCAACACUUCCAAAUAGUUUCACCAAGGAUUUGCCCAGUGUCUAUAGAAAUAUAAUCCCUAUUUCUAUGAUUCUGUCUUGUGUGGUUCUGUCCAGUUUCCAUAGAAAUAGAAUCCCUAUUUCUAUGAUUCUGUAUUAUGUGGUUCUGUCCAAUUUCCAUAGAAAUAGAAUCCCUAUUUCUAUGAUUCUGUCUUGUGGCAUUAUUAAAAUAGUGUUAUUACCUUGUCUAUUCCCGAAUGCUUUGCAUUGAAAUAAUUGUGACCAGUUUUCCAGUGGAUGUUUAUACCUCAAAUGGUUACCACUAGCUAUCAGUGUUAAUGCAAGAGAUGUACAUAAGAUAUGCUUAAUUUGCACAUCUCUCUUAUAGUAUAUUUCCAAUAAAAUAAGCUCUGCUCAAAAAUGAAGUCAGUGUAUCCCUAGCAGAUAUUGAAAGCUGUGAACAAGGCACAAUUACGGCCAACCACUGUUGUAAGUCAGUAGUACACUCCCAUUACAAUCAGAGGCCAUCUAAACAUUUGCAUUUAAACUGUAUGUAAUUUUAACAAUUCCUUUUAUAUAUUGAAGUAUUUAUGAAGUGGCAAUGUGUAUAUGAACUUUACAUUAUAUGUGUAUAUAGAGUAUUGUGUACAUAUGAUGUCGAUAAACAAAAUAGUUAUUUUGAAUCUCAGAGGACCUUGUAUACAGCCUUGAAGUACUCCACCAAGCUUAGACAGUGGACCCUGGAAUGUCCACAAUAUCUAAUAGUUUAUAUUGCAGAUUUUAAGUUAAACUUUUGUUAAAUAUAAAUAUAGUCAAUGUUGAUAUUGACUUAAUUGUUAAAGAGAUUUGCAUGUUUUUUUUCAUGAUGCAAUAAACGAUUGCAAAUAAAUAUAAAAUGCAAUUUUU